AUGAAGAACGGAGUAAGCGUAUGCAUGGACUUCUUCCACUGCACGCUGCCCAAGAGCCAGCAGGAUACCAAGCACAUGACGAUCUAUCACGACCCUCGGCCCAUAGAAAUCGCCAACCUUCUUGACGGCGGUAAACCUAUCAUGAUUCAUCGAGACCCUCGCCGCAAAAUGUUCUUUCCCUGUCCUCACCCCGAGUGCGACCAUUCGUCGAUUUUGAGGAGCGGUCCGUAUCAGCAUCAGAGGCAUUGCAAGUACAUCAAGCGGGAUCUCCAGCGUGCUGCAAAGUCCAAGUCAUCUCGCCCUUCCUCGUCAGCGCCGUCCCUUGGCUCGUCUUCUUCUACCGCUGUCGCUACUACUGCUGUAACAUCCCAGUCUGUGAGGGCAAAGCGACGAAUCCUUAACCAAACCAACGUCUCUCGCGGACGGGUCGGUCGUCCGUCAUCCUCCUCUGUCCGGGCUGCUUCCUCAGUGCGGUCUGCUUCCACGUCGUCGGCAUCUUCAGGAUCAAUCUUCGACCACACUCCUCCCCCAGUCACUUCUCCUACUCCUUCUCCUACCCCUUCUCCUCCACCACCACCACUUGCAUCCAACGACACCACCCCCAACGCAGCCCUAACCCAGCUCCUUACAGGCAUGCAGCAACUCGCCGACACAGUGAAUCGAUUCAACAAGCGACUCAACAUACAGACUCAGACCAUUGGAAAAAUGAACGAACAAUUGGAAUGGCUGGCAGAUCGAGUCGACGAAAUUCGGGCGCAGAACGCAAGCCUGGAUGCGCAUACAGAGUCCCUCCGCAACGACAUGGACUUGGUACAGGAUCAUUUGGGCGAUAUGCUGCAGGAUAAUCAAAACAUGAAAGGACAUCUAAGGAGAGCACGGGAGGAUGUGGAACAAUUUAGCUUAUCGUUCCAAGAUCGUGGACACCAGGAUAUUUUUUAUUCUUGA